AUGGGCGUGCUGAAAACAUCUCUGGCGCGCGUCGGCGGUGGUGGGGGACGAGAAGAGCGCGUGGUGGGGGAAGUGGCCUGGUCGGCGCAGCUCAGCGGAGCCUCGCCAGCAGACACUGUCAUGGCGCUGACGCAGGCCCGCCCCCCCCCGCCGCCGCCCCACCUGGCGCACCCCCACCCCCACCCUCACGCGCAUGCGCACCCCCACCCCCACCCGCACGCGCACGGCCUGCAGCAGCCCCCCCAGCCGCCGACUCCGCAGCAGCAGCAGGCGCAGGGCGGGGCGCCGGCUCCCCCACCACCCGCCGCCGUCGCCGCGCUCGGUGGCUUCCGCCUCAUAUCGGCCAAUUCCGGAAGGCUCAGUUUUCUACGUUCAAGCACUCCGCAAAGGACCGAUGUGGCCUACCAUCACGUAAGUGCGGGCACCCCCGCCAACUUCCCACCUGGCGGUCCGGCGGGACCCCAGCAGGGGGGCCCGGGCGGCGUGGGGCCGGGGGGCGGUCCCCCGCAGCUGGGUGGCGGAGGUGGGCGCGUGGCACCCCCACAGCAGACGGCUGUGGGGCCUCCGCAGCAGGGGGGUCCGCCUCAGGCGGGAGCGCCCGGCCCUGGUGGACCUCCGGGACCCCCGCAGCUGCCGGGGCCCACCUCGACGCCCCCGGGCCACGCCGGGCCCCCCGACCUCGGAAAGGGUCCGCACCUCCAGCCACAGCCUGUGCCACAAGCUGGCCAACUUUCAGGCUUUCAAGUGCAGAAUGCGACUAGACAAAACCAGUCACAGCCGACCUACUACAAUGCGAGAGCACCAGCAACUCGGAUGGGUGGUCGCGGGCCACCUGUUGGCAGCAUGGCUGUGAACGUGCCCGGACAACAGAUGUUCCCACAACAUAUGCAGCCAAUGCAAAUGCAAACUGUUUAUCCUAGCGUUGGACUACCUCCCUUAGGAGUUGGGCAAAAUGCAAUGUACCUCAGUCCGAGCCAGAUGCCUUUGUUCCAACCACAGACAAGACAUCAGAACCCGGCGAAUUCGGCAGCAACUGCUGCGACGUAUUACCCUCAACAUGGGCCACAUAUCUUGAUGGCACAGAUGCCUUUCCCUGGCUACAGCACUGCCCACACCGGACAACACGGACCACACUAUUACUACCAGCAGCUGAGUGCGCGGCCUGCUCCUGCAGGGGCCGGUCCGCCGACAGCAGGACCGGGAGCGCAGCAGGUGGUGGGGGCGGCAGGGCCUACCGGUGCUCCACAGGCGAUGCCGCUUCUGCAAAUGGGUGCCGCCCACGGAUUGGGUGGCCCACCGGUGGGGCCGGCCGACGUGUCGGGUGCGCCUUCGCAGGGGCCGCCUGGCCCACAGUCGGCCCAGCACCACGUGGCGGCGGGCGGCGGCACGCGCGGCAAGUCUCGCAGGCCCAACGCGCUGGAGGUGAUCGACCCGAAGACAGGUGCCUGUGUGGACAUUUACGAGAGUGGCGGCUCGGGGACUCCUCCGAGGUCUGGCGAGUCGAGCGCUCGGGAAACUCCUCAGCCUAGUUCGGUUCAGGGAAAUUCGGACGUGGCCGCAGAAUUUGCGGCCCUCGUGGCGAAGGCGGCGAGCGACGACGGCGGGAUCCCGCCGGCUGGAAGGCGGCCGCAGUCACGGGAGUUCCCGCACAGUGGGAACACGGGGCAGAGGUUGGAUCUGGCGGCAGAGUUUGCAGCACGUGUGGCUAAGGUGGCGAGUGAGGAGACGAGCCCACCCCCGCAACAGGGACAGGUGUCGAACACGCCUCUGCAGGCGCAGCCGACACAGGUGCAGGGGCCUCCGCCGCCCUUCCCUUCAGAUACUCAGCCGGUUGUGAACGGACCAGAACACGACAAGGUGCUGACACCAGAAGAGCUGCCCAGCAGGCCUCCAGGUGUGAAGCCCGGCAAUGAUGUGACGGCAGAGGUGUUCCGGCCGAAGCCAGUUCCUUCCGACCAUCAGCCUAUUCCGACAAUCAUUAACAAGGAGUUGCAAGAUGUUGGCGGCACCCCCGUAGUGAGUGCACGCACCAACGCACCAGCUGUGGAGGUAGUGCAUCGCCGUGAGCACUUCCCAGCACUGAAGGGUUCGUCAGCUGGAACUGCUCCGGGCACCGGCUCGACAGUCACCGGUGUUACCGGCCCGCCAUCAGCGGCUUCUCCCAGGAGGAAACCGCCGUCGGCAUCGACACCUCCGGCGCUGGUGUCGCAGGAGAAGCCGGGGCUGCCCACUCCAGCCUCAGUGCCGUCGCAACAAGCUUCGGCGUCGAUAGUUCCUCCCAUCUCGGUGGCGUUCCACUCGCCGCAGCGCUCCGGCACUCCGCCGGUGGCCCCCUCGGAGCCGGCCCCGGCCGUCACCGUGCCGCCGGCAGUCGCACCGGAGUCCGCCCCGCAGGCCCCUGCCCCCGUCCCCGCUCCCGCCCCCGCACCGGCUCUGCCGGCCCUCGCCAAGCCCCCGGCGGCUCCUCCCACUCAGCCAAAGGUAACUCCACACGCGCAGGCAGCGUGCUUGGGGAGGACAGAGAAUGGGCCAGCAAACGGCAGCGUGCAAGUGAAAAGCAAGAAUUUGGUGCUGGGGCCACCCGCAGUGCCGGCGAGUGCGGAGCCGAAGCCGCCGGCUGUUGUGUCUGCGUCUUCCCAGCAGGCGCCGCCCCCCGUCACAGCCUCUGCUCCCAAGAAGCAGGGGCCACCGCCACAGGUUGAUGUUCCUGCAUUCCCCCCAAAGGAUGGUCCGAAAGCGUCUGCCUCUGUCGUCAGGGUAGGCACCGGACCGCCACCUGGUGCUAAAACCGUAACUCCUGUUUCCUCGGCAACUUCUACUGCGUCGGACGCCGUGCCCCCGCGGGCGGGAGGCAAGCCGCCGGCACGCAAAGAGGUCCCCGCCUCUGCCAUCCCUGUCCACAGGGAUGGUCCCCCUGCGGCAGUGCGGGCUCCAAAAGGGGGCGAGCUGCCGUCGGCAGUUUCGCGCUCGGCAGCACCCGUGUCGACGCCACGGCCUCCGUCGCGGUCUCCCACACCUCCAGUGCUGCCCCUGGCAGCUCCUCAUGCCCCGACUCCAGCACCGCUGCCACCGUCCUCGCCUGCACCGGUCCCUGCGGCUGCGACGACAGAAGAUUCGCGGCCGAACGGUGAAGUUCCUGAACCGGCACCACAGCAAAUCGAGAGUAGUAAACAGUCGUCUCGCUCGAAGUCGAAGCGCACCCAGAAGAUGCGCGAACAGAACAAGAAGGGUGCCGAGAAGGAGGGUACGGACAUGGAUGCAUUCUCGGAAGCUCCUCCCUCUGCCCCUGCAGCCAGCCCCGCGCCUGCAGCGGUUGUGGAGAACGCCACCACGCCUGUGGAAGAGCCGGCAAGCCAGCCACCACCUCCUGCAAAUGUCCCCGCCAGAGAGAGCACACCUCCAGCAGUCCAGGCUGCAGAGAAGCAGCCACCCCCGUCUACCUCACCUGCCCCUUCGUCAACACCAGCGAGGCCCGCAUCACCGGCACCGCGACCUGCUUCGCCGGUUCCUGAAAUACAACCCCCUGUAAAGGAGAACGAGAAGGAAAAAGACCAAGAAAAGGAGAAAGAGAAAGGAGAAGAGGAGGUGGAGGGUGAAAAGGAGAAGGAGCAGAAACUAGUCGCUGCACGGAACGAAGCGAAUGCGAAGGUGUCUGCAGCAGCACUCAAGGAGAAGAAGGAAGAUGAGAUCAUAGAGAAUAUUCCACCCAAGCCUGUUCUGCCUGUGCCCAAGCAGAUGUACAGAGAAGAUCAAUGGAGCCCAUUCAAUCCUGACGGUAAAAAGAAAUAUGAGAGAGACUUCCUCAUUAAGCUCAAAGAUACAACAGAAGCAAAGAAGAAGCCAGAGAUACGUCCUGAUGUUCUGAACUUUGUACUGAAAGACAAAGUGAACAGACAGCCAAGAUUGCCGGAUCUAAGCAGGGGCCCUCAUGAAAUCUUCACACCAGCGUUCACAAAAUCUCAGAGCUACCGAGGGGUACGUGUUACGGUGAAUCAACCGGUAACAAAGCGUGGAAGCCAGCAGGGCAAGGCGAAGAGUGGGGCGAAGCUGCCCAUUAUCCAAUACUCCCUUAAGACAGAGGUGAAACUGCGGGAGACGGAGAACGCGUGGAAGCCGGCGCGGAUGCGUGGCAGCCAAGCAGAGCAGGACAAGACUGCGGAUCUAUACAAAAAAGUUCGUGGUGUACUGAACAAACUGACGCCCCAGAAAUUCCACACAUUGGUGCAACAAGUACAGGCCCUGCCAAUUGACAACAGUGAACGGCUGCACGGUGUCAUCGAUCUGGUGUUUGAGAAGGCUGUCGACGAGCCGAGCUACUCGGUGGCGUACGCGCAGAUGUGCAAGGUGCUGUCAAACAUGCAAGUCGCAGAUGGCAGCAAGGAGGGGCAGCCCGAGAACUUCCGCAAGCUGCUGCUCAGUCGCUGCCAGCACGAGUUCGAGAAGAACACUCAGGCUGACCUGAAACGUGACGAGCGCCUCAAAGAGAUCGAACAGUGUACAGACCCGGAAAAGAAAAAAGAACUGCAAUUAGAGUUUGAAGAGACGGAAAGGCGGUUACGUAUGAAAUCCGUAGGAAACAUUAGGUUUGUAGGAGAAUUGUUUAAGCUCGGUAUGCUGACGUCGAAUAUUAUGCAUCGCUGUAUCCAACACCUUCUGAAGCAGAGGGAUGAGGAGUCGCUUGAGUGCCUGUGUAAACUGCUAACUACUAUAGGAAAGGAUGUGGAGAGCAAAAAGCAUGAUCUGUCAAAUUACUUUGAAGAGAUGAAGGUGCUUUCAAAGCAGCGUGGCCAGAUCUCUUCGCGUGUGAGGUUCAUGCUCCAGGAUGUUAUAGAGUUGCGUGACAACAAAUGGGUUCCUCGGCGUGACGACUCCGCACCGAAAACGAUCGACCAGAUUCAGCGCGAAGCUGAGCGGGAGUCGAUGAUGGAAAUGCAAAUGCCAUCUGGAGGUGGUGGCGGUAGUCGUGGGGGCGGCGGCGGGCGUGACGACAGAGGUGGUGACAGGAGAAAACGUGGUGGUGGCGGCCCUAGUGAAGAUGGGUGGCAGUCAGUCCAAAGGAAGAACCUUGACACCAGCAAGUUGCGGAUCAAAGUGUCUGACCUGAUGAAUGUAUCGCUGGGUGGAAGCAACCAGUUUGCUGCCUGGACACAAGGGGCAGGUGGCAACUCAGAUUCGGACCGCAGCUCGGCGUUCCCCCAGACGAGCAACACGUUUGCCGCGCUGCAGGAUGUCGACGACAAGAAGAGCGGUGUCGGCAUGUUCAGUCGGCCGUAUGGAAAACAGCCUCCUUCGAGCAACACGGAACGUGAGAAGGCCAUCAACAGUUUGCGCAGUUUUGUCUAUGCUGAGAAAGAGGAACGCCAGGCUCGAACGGCGAGCAGCAGAACGCCUUCUCGAUCGUCAUCACGCGAAGGCAGCUCGGCGAGGCAGACGCCCGCUCCAUCAUCUUCGCAGAGCCGCGACGAUCUGGCUGCUGUGGUGCAACCUGUGGCUUCCGGUUCUUCCGCCAUCUCGGACCAAGACACCCGUAAAAACUUGCCGCAUCUGAAUCCGGACCAAGUUGCCAAGAAGAUUCAGUUUAUCUUAGAGGAAUUUGUGACCAACAACAACUUCCAAGAGAGUGCGCUGUGUGUAUCGGAGACAUUCCCACCUUCCAACAUGGGCAACUUCGUCGUAGAAACCAUGAACAUUUUACUGGAGCGGUCGGCGACCGUCCGGAGCGGUGUUGGAAAGCUGAUGGGCCACCUCAUGAAGGAGGGCAUCCUCACUACGGAACAGUUCCUAGAAGGGUUCAAAGAGAUUGGGGAAGUUGCUGAUGACUUGGCCAUAGAUGUGCCGAAAGUGUGGCUGUACUUGGCUGAAAUCCUUGUUCCAAUGCUUUCUACUGAAGCACUAACCUUUUCGGAUUUGAAAACUGCCGCCACGGGACUGCACAAGUUGGUCGUCGAAAUCCUUCGUCUUCUCGUGAAAGAAAAGGGUCCUGGCUGGGUAAGGCAGAGGUGGGAUGUGGCUGGAAUGAGUUGGAAAGAUUUUGCCCCUGCCGAUAGUAUAGACCGAAUUGUGAAAGAAAAUAAGCUGGAGUUCACAGUGGGUCCCGCAGGCGAAGUGGCGCCGUUGACGCCAGAGAUGAUCCACACGAAGCUGCUGCAGAUGUUGCGGCCAGAACAAGGAGCGCCUGCCACCACUGACGAAGUCGCGAAGUGGAUUUCUGCAAAUGUAGGAGACCGGGCUAAGACACCAGAAUUCAUCCGUGUGCUGACGACAGCUGUGUGCGAGAGUGCAUAUCAGGCCGCGGGCUCAAAGAAGUUCGAAGAGGCACUGUUCUCGAAGCACGCGACACUCCUCCAGAAGUACAUAGACACUAGUGAGGAGCUGGAGCUGCACUGCUUGUACGCUGUCCAGGAGCUGAACCACCGCCUCGAGCAGCCCAGUGGUCUGCUGCGAGACUUAUUCCAGGCGCUCUGGGACUACGGUUGUGUGGCAAACGAGACGUUCCUGAGAUGGGAGCAGAGCAAAGAUCCAGCAUUCCUGCAGGGCAAAGGCGUCGCACUGAAAUCUCUGACUGCAUUCUUUACUGCACUGCGGGAGGCCGACGAUGACUCGAGCGAAGAGUGUGCCUCGGGCCAGUGAUGAACAGGAGAGGUCUCUCUUCUGUCACGGAGAUUUCGACUCGGCACUGAGGAACGAGAGAGUAGAGCACGGAACUUCGUCGAACGGCCUCUGUAUUCCUUGCCUCCUAAGGAGGUCGUGACGUUUGGACUUGGGGAUAUGAAAAUUUAUAUAUACAUAUUAUUAUUAUAUAUAAAUACUUGACUAUAAAUACUGCAGAGACUGUAUAAAAUUAAAUAAAUUAAAAGUUUUCCUGUAAAAUGCAACACGGAGCAAAAGAUGUUAAUAUUUUGAGGGUAACGUUUUUGGGUGCGGUUACAGAAUCGGGGCGUGGGAAAGCAGUUGACCUGUCAGUAUGGGGUCCCGAACUGAAGUGGUGUCGUUUCUUUUCCACUGACUCCAGCCAGAUGGCAUGCUUUAGGAGUAUAUAAAAUAUAUGAAAGAUAUCGCAAAUCUGUGUUAUGAAAUGUUGUUAUAUUGAUUCUUACACCAUUGUUAAUAACUUCCCUUCUUUUCUCAGUUACUUUUCCAUUUUAAAUUAAAUUUGAAUAGGUUUUGAAAUGCAGCUCGUCUGAUUUAGGUCAUUCUUUCCUUUCUCUGCACUCCAUCUGAAAUGGCCCAUUUUAAAGCUAGAGAAAUUUGAUGUGGACACAUUUAGCUAACACGUUUAUUUUUCUGAGAGACCGUUUCGUAAAUUUCUGUUGCGUGCACAUGCCUGUCGGUGCUGCGUGUACGCGGUGUUACAUCUUGUUUUAAUGUUAGGAGCAAGUAAGCAUUUUGUGUUUCUGUGAUGGGGGAGUGAGAAGAUGCUAUAUUACUAAAUGUACACAUACUUAUUAUAUAUAUAUUUAAAUGAGAGAAUGGUAACUGCUGCUAUUUGUAAUGUAAUGUAAGAUUGCAAAUGCAAAAAUAUGCUAUUUGUGUAACUUGCAAGAUGUAAAUAUUUAUAUAUAUAUACAUAUAUACAUAUACACACAUU